CGAUUACGGGGCGACUCAUCAACGCUGUGUAGUCCCCCCACGAACACUCUCUCUCUCUCUCAUCGGAAACGCUCGCUCACCGAGACAAUGUCGUCGUCGUCGUCAGCGACCGCGGGCGGCGGCGGCGGCGGCGGCGGCGGCGGCGAGAUCCACUACAGGGGAGUGAGGAAGAGGCCGUGGGGCCGGUACGCGGCGGAGAUACGCGACCCGUGGAAGAAGACCCGCGUCUGGCUCGGCACCUUCGACACACCCGAGGAGGCCGCCCUCGCCUACGACGGCGCCGCCCGCUCCCUCCGCGGCUCCAAGGCCAAGACCAACUUCCCCCUUCCUCCUCCUCCUCCUCACCACCACCACCUCUCCCUCGGUCCCCCUCCUCCCGACGCCUGGCACUACUCCCGGGUCGCCCUCGGCGAGUUCUUGCACACCGGGGUCCUCAGGGACGUGAGAUUCGAGCCCGACGGCGACGAGGGCCUGGCUGCGCGCGAGGAAGCGGCGGCGGCGGCGUUGGUUGGCCGCGGAGGCGCUCCGGAGGCCGACGGCAACGGGACGGCGGCGUUGCUGGGGAUGGCGGGUCGCGGGCUUCCCAUUGAUCUGAACAAACCGCCGCCAUUUUGGAUGUAGUCGAGCUAGGCCCUCUUCCUUUUCCUUUCAAGUUCUUCCUUCCUUUUGGGGAUCUGCCGAGGGAGCUAGAGAGAAGCAAGAACAGUCCCCAGCAGCAAGAAGAAGAAGAAGAAGAAGAAGCAGAAGAAGAGAUAAUGGUGUAAAUAUAUCUAUUUUUGUUCCCAGUUUUCUUCAUCAAAAAGCUCUGAGAUUUUCUUCCCUUA